GGUAAUGGGGCGUCAGUUUCAAUUUGAUCGUGAUGACGAGCGGUGCGCCGAAAAUUCAGUACUACGAGCGAGAGCUUAACAUUCGUCGUGUGAUCGAGCAGGCCGACUUGCAGAACUUGGAUCAGGCUCUCAACAUCUGUGAUCUGUCAAGUCUCGAGCGGAAGCUUCGACUGUGGCAAAAACGUCUGCCAAGGAUAGAACCCCACUAUGCCGUUAAGUGCAAUGACAAUCCGGUGUUAGUCAAGUUUCUGGCGGAUCUUGGAACAGGAUUCGACUGUGCCUCCAAAAACGAGCUCAAACUAGUCCUAGGGCUUGGCGUGUCACCAGAACGUAUUAUCUUUGCUCAUCCCUGUCGCCCCGCCAACCAUUUAAAGUAUGCCAAGGAGCAGAAGGUCGUUAAUGGCACGGUGGAUAAUGAGUUCGAGGUGUACAAGCUGCGCAAGCACUAUCCGAACUCCAAUCUCAUCAUAAGGUUCAAGAGCGAGGCCAAGAAGGCGCUGUGCCCAUUGGGCGACAAAUUUGGCUGCGAUGCGGAGACUGAUGCCGCGGCUCUAAUGCUUCUUGCCAAAGCCCUGGAUCUGAAGGUGACUGGCACCAGUUUCCAUGUGGGUUCCGGAUGCAGCGAGGUGGAGGCCUACGAUCGGGCUAUCGAGAAGGCCGAAAACAUUUUUAGCUUUGGCGAGCUGAUAGAUCAUAAGAUGGAUUUAUUAGACGUUGGCGGAGGCUUUCCUGGCAUAGAUGAUGAAUUGUUCGAGAAGAUAGCUACCGUUGUUAACACCUCGGUGCAGCUCCGUUUCCCCGAUGAGCGUGUCCGCAUUAUUUCCGAGCCAGGACGUUUCUUUGUGGAGGCUGCCUACACACUGGUCUGCAAGGUCCACGCCAAGCGAGAGGUCCGCAACAAAAGUGGAAAGCUGGAGACAAUGAUGUACUACCUUAAUGAUGGCAUCUAUGGAGUCUUUGCAGACAUGUUUUACUAUCCUCAGGUGCUUACUCCUGUUCUUUAUCUGGAUGAAUGCAAGUCUCUGCCGAAGUUCAAGUCCGUGAUUUGGGGACCCAGCUGCGAUGCCCUAGAUAAGUUAUCCGACGAUUGGCGCUUGCCCAUCUUGAACUGUGGUGAUCUUUUGGGCUUUCGCAACAUGGGAGCCUACACAAUGCCCAUUGCCAGUCCCUUCAACGGAUUCGACGUGCCUGAGACAAGGUACUUCAAGCAAAGCGACGCAAAGCUCUCUUUCACGCAGGUCUCCACCUCUUAAAGUAAAAAAGUAAUACCCGAAAUAAAAAGCAAGACAAAA